AUGGCGGCAAGUGAGAAGGGAGAGCUCUUUACUAUUUUAGAGACGAACACCGAGACGGAAAAAGACACUGAAUCUGAUAAGGAAUCGUUUCCUUUGAAUCUGUCUGCUGAUGUCAAGUGGUUAGAAAUCCCCUUUAAAAAGACAGUGGGGGAAGAAGACGAAUACGAAACCGCGCUAACAGAAGAACGAGCAGCAGCUGCAGCAGCCUCAGCUAACAGAGACGGCGGCUGCAGUCUCCUUCUAGGCGCUGACAGUGAUUUCAAGUAUGAGGACUUGGAUGAUUCCCAUUCGGCGAGUGGCUGCACAGAAACCACUACAAAUGACUCUGACAUUGAUUUCUCCGAUCUGGAGGAACAGCUGACCGACCUGCGCGGUCCAAUGGGUGAAUGCGACGAGGACUGUACCUCCAAAAGCUUCUGGGGAGAGCCCGACCAGCCCAUUUCAAUAGAGGAGUUCACUGCCAACACUGGCCCCCGGCACUCGCUCGGGGACGAGGCGGACAGCCGCGACUACUUCCGGCUGCUCUUCCCUGACGCGCUGUUCGAGCACAUUGUGGAGCACACCAACAAAUACGCCCUCUACAGACAGAGGAAAAGCGGGAAACUGGACCCCCACUGGCGGCCCACAGAUCUCCGGGAAAUACAAGCUUACAUUGGACUCAAUAUCUUAAUGGGAAUAAACCAGCUUCCAGAUUAUGGAAUGUACUGGGCCACUGACAUUUUCAUUGGCAAUGCAGGCUUCAAAAAGACCAUGACUGCCCGCAGGUUCGAAAAGCUGAACCAAAACAUUCACCUGUGUGACCGGGACCAGGAGCCAGCCCGCGGGCAGCCGGACUAUGACGGGCUGUACAAGAUCAGGCCCCUGCUGGACGUGGUGCAGGAGACCAUGUGGGAAGCCUAUGGGGCAAACAGGUGCCUCACUGUGGAUGAGGGGGCCAUUGCUGUCAAGGGGCGGUUCUCAGCCACGCAGUACAUGCCCUCCAAGCCAAUAAAGAAGGGUCUGAAGGUGUGGAUGCUGUGCGACUCCAAAUCGGGCUACUGCCACCGCGCCAACAUCUACGUUGGCAAGUCCAACGAGGACUCGGGCGCAGUCGGCUACAGGGUGGUGACAUCACUCGUCAGGGGCCUGGAGGGCAAGCACCACCACGUCUUCCUUGACAGCUUCUUCACUUCGGUGCCCCUGGUCCAUAAGCUGCUCGAGCUGGGGCUGUACGUGUGCGGCACCACUCAGCAGAACCGCAAGGGUUUCCCGGAUGCCCUCAAGCUGAAGAAUGUGGGCAAGCUGGCGCAGGGCGAGUUCUUCCAGUGCCAGCACGGCAACAUCCUGGCUACAGUCAUGAGGGACACCAAAGUGAUCAGCUGCCUGUCAUCCAACGCAGCGCCUGGGAUUGUGGGCAUCAGCCAAGGGAAGCAGAAGGACGGCACCAUCUACGGGGUCCCACGGCCCCUCCCUCUGCUUCUGUACCAGGAGAACAUGCGAGGCGUGGACCUCUGCGACCAGCUGCGGGAGUGCUACCUGGUGGGCCGCCCCUGCAAGAAGUGGUGGCGCUACUUCCUGUGGUUCUACCUUAACAUCUGCAUUGUCAACGCCUUCAUCAUCCUGAGGGAGAGCCGGAAGGGCAACCCGCCACCCGGCUUCAGCGGGAAACAGUUCACUCAGCGGCACUUCAGGAUCCGGCUGGCACAGCUGCUCAUCGGAGACUACCAGGGCACCAGGGGCGUGGAGCGGGCGUCCCGGAAGAGGCACUCUGAUUCGCCCGUGGAGUAUGGGCACCGUCUGGAGCGCAUGUCAGAGCGAUCUAGGAGGUGCCGGAACUGCACCAACAAAGGGCUCCGCCACGAAAGCGUUUUUGGGUGCAAGAUUUGCAAUGUCCAUCUCUGCAGAGGAGGCUGCUUUGCAGAGUUUCAUAAAUGA